AGUUGUUUAUGUGGUUUGUGUACUUUGUAUACUUUGAACGAUGUUAAAUUUAAUUCUUUAGCUGCAUGAUACGUGUCAAACACAUAAACCAAAAUCAUUGUAUAACCGUUCAAUAUCAGAUAUAUCAGGGUAAAAUACUUAAAAAUAGCACAGUGAGAGAUAUUUAUAUGUACUACGAAUCAAGAGAUUAUAAUCAAUAUUAAAGGACUCCUUAGCUGCUGACACGGAAUGUUCUGUUUAGUAUUUCUGUUCACUUUUAAUAGUUUUAGAUUUGUAAAUACAGUCUUUAAUACAUGUAAGUCUUCUCUUAAUACUAAUGUAUCCAGAAGAUAAUUAUUUGAAAGAACGCGUUGAUAUCUGUAAGGCACAAGUGAAGGCUUGAUAUGAACGAUAACUAUGUCUCUAAAGGUACUAAAACAAUAAGUGGUAAAUGAGAAAAACACAAGAACAAUUCAUUGAAAAUUCAUUUUGUAAUUUAUUACAAAAUAAUGAAGUAUUUAGAAUCCCGUGUUUUGCGCACACGAUUCAAUUAAUUGUGAAGGACGGUUUACAUGAGAUAAAAUCAAUUUUACCAUCAUUAGAAAAAGUGUCAGCAAUUGCUAAACUUUCUCACACUAAUGCUAAAUUUGCAGAAAAACUGGAAUCAAUUAAAGUAUCACUACCUCGUGCUAUUGUCACACGAUGGAAUUCUCAAAUUUUAAUGGUUGAACGUAUUCUUGUUGUACCUACUCUUACAUUGAACGAAAUUUUAAUACAAUUAAAAUAUAAACAUUUAUGUUUUAAUUCACAUGAUUUAGAUGUAUUAAAUGAAUUUGUUUGUUUAUUAUCACUACUAGCUAAAGUAACAACAAGAACUCAACAGCAAAAUUCUCCAUCUAUUUCAUUAAUUGCUCCCAGUACUUUAGCCAUUUAUUCUGAUUUAAAAAAUGCAAAGAAUAAUAUUCGUUAUACAACAAAGUUGUGUGAUGCUUUAUUAUCAUCGUUAUUAUCAAGAUUUGGUGAUCUAUUAGAACAGUUAGAAAUCAAUCUGAAUGAAACAGGUGUUGAUUUCAAAGAAAACGAACGUCUUUAUGAUUUGUACAAAGAUCCUAUUUUUCUUUUUACACCAUUUCUUGAUGGUGUUUGUAAACAAUAUAGUUCAGUGCGAUAUAGUGCUACACUACUAUACAAUUUCGGAAUUUUCUGUACUAUGACUUCUCAACGUGAAAUGACUAUGACUACGCGAGGUCGACCACUGAUGGUUGACGGCGGAUAUUCAUAUGUAAAAGAUCGUCAAACGAAUAUAAAAGGUACUGGCUCUGGGAGAACCAUAAACGUUUUAACUGUCAUUAUAGUUUACAUACAUGUAAUUUAA